AGUCAGUCAAACCGACCGGCUUGACCGGCUUCUUUCUUUCUGUUCAGUCCAGUCAGGUCAGGGCGGGUUGAUUGAAGUGAAGAUCGUUUUCCCUUGUUUAUUUCCGAAUUUCCGAUUCCAUUUAAGAUACUAAAUUCAGCAGCGACCAAGCUGCAAUAUACAUUUACCAUUUGCUAAAGCUAAACCAAACGGACGACAAUGGGAGAUUUUGAAGACGAGUGGUUAGAACAUGAUGAGAUUCAAGGGGCUCAAGCUCCGGCGCCUAGAACUUAUAACAAUAAUUCUCGCGUGUAUCGUCCCAGUGCUGGUAGAGGCAGAGGAGAACGAGGUGUCAGAGGCCGAAGCAACGAAAGCAAUUGGAGAUCACGCGGUAAUCCUGCUGGCGGGGACUAUCAAAAUACGAGACGUGAUUUCCCUAGGCGCGAAGACGGAAACAAGAAAUCUAUGUAUGUUUCUUCGCAAAAGAUUGGACGUAUCAUUGGCAAAGGGGGAUCUAAAAUACGAGAAUUAGAAUCUGAAUCUCAAGCAAAAAUUAAAAUUGGCGACUCAAGCGGCACCGAGACCGAAGUUACUCUUAUUGGAUCUGAUGAAGCCAUAUCUAAGGUAGAAGAUUUGUUAAAUGACCUUUUGCAGGACUAUAAGCCGCCACCAAAAGAGAACCACAAUCAAAGUGCUGGCAGUGGUGGGUCUAAUGAAUUUUUCAAAACAAAUGAGUCAGGUGUACAAGUUAUUGAUUGGGAUAAAUUAAACAAUUUUCAUGAUCAACACCAACAAGAGCGAUGGGAGAACUUACCACCUAUUAUUAAAGACUUUUACAAAGAAGACCCAGAGGUAGCUGCUUUGACACCGGCAGCAAUUGCUCAUUGGCGUCUUGCUAACAAUGAUAUCCAAGUGAAGAGGACUUUUGAUGACAAGCCAGGUUUGAAACCCAUUCCAAAUCCAGUGAUGACUUUUGAACAAGCAUUUAAACACUAUCCAGAAAUUUUAGAUGAGAUUUAUAAACAAGGCUUCACAAAGCCAUCUCCAAUUCAGAGUCAGGCAUGGCCAAUACUUUUAAGAGGGGAGGACUUGAUUGGUAUUGCUCAGACUGGUACUGGGAAGACAUUAGCAUUUUUAUUGCCUGCUUUGAUACAUAUUGAAGGACAAGUGAUUCCAAGAGAAGAGAGAGAUGGCCCUACUGUGCUGAUCAUGGCACCCACUAGGGAGCUAGCACUUCAAAUUGACAAGGAAGUAUCCAAAUAUCAGUACAAAGGAAUUAAGUCUGUUUGUUUGUAUGGUGGUGGAGACAGAAGGGAACAAAUCAAAGUGGUGGCUAAAGGAGUUGACAUUGUGAUAGCUACUCCUGGUAGACUAAAUGACUUGGUGAUGGCUAGGCAUUUGAAUAUAAUCAACUUUUCUUAUAUAGUGUUGGAUGAAGCUGACAGAAUGUUAGAUAUGGGUUUUGAACCACAGAUUCGUAAAUCCUUAUUUGAUGUUAGGCCAGACCGACAGACUGUUAUGACUUCUGCUACUUGGCCACCAGGUGUGCGUCGACUGGCAAGUUCAUACAUGAAAGAUCCAAUUCAAGUCAAUGUAGGUUCUCUAGACCUAGCUGCAGUCCACACAGUAACCCAGAAAAUCAUGUUUGUGGAAGAAGGUGACAAGGAAGCUGUAUUGCUAGAGUUCCUGAACAAUAUGGAUCCUAAUGAUAAAGUUAUUAUAUUCUGUGGCAAGAAAGCUACAGCUACACACAUUUCCACAGAGUUGGCUAUGAAGGGUAUCGAGUGUCAAUCAUUGCAUGGAGACAGAGAUCAAAGUGACCGUGAGGAGGCAUUAGCUGACAUGGUUGAUGGUAACGUCAAUAUUUUGGUAGCUACAGAUGUUGCUUCAAGAGGAAUAGACAUCAAAGAUCUGACACAUGUAGUUAACUUGGACUUUCCCCGGCACAUUGAAGAAUAUGUGCACAGAGUUGGCAGGACAGGGAGAGCUGGAAAGACCGGCACUGCUCUGUCAUUCAUAGCUAGGAAUGAUUGGGCACAUGCCAGAGAUCUGAUUAAGAUACUGGAGGAAGCCAAUCAGGAUGUUCCAGAUGAGUUGGAAUUGAUGGCUCAAAGAUUUGAAGCUAUGAAGCUUAGAAGGGAGAAAGAAGGGGGUGGGUAUGGGGGCAGGGGAGGACGCGGCGGGAGAGGCCGACGUGAUAGAUACUAGUUUUUGAUACCCUUUGCCAAAGUUGUGUUAGAUGAGGCAAAAUAUCCAACAGUUACAUUCCUAUCUGCACAAAUUUGGUUAAAUUUAGUAUUUUGUUGUUAGAAAAUUAGUUUGUUUUUACACAGUAUAAGUGUCUACACAUCUGAAUUAGUAACAACUAUCUAACUUACUACUAACUAUACAAUAUUUUCUCUGAACAACUUUAAGGUGUUUGAACAACUUUGUAAUACAAUUACUAAUCUAUUUACCGUUAGUCUUGUACAUUUUUUUAAUUUUUUUUUCUUGUAAGAUUGUGUGGAAUAUACUCUUAAAAACAUUUAUGAGACAUUUGUUGAUUAAAAAUCAGAUAUGGAGACACUUUCUAGGUACUACUUAAUGCUGUGAUAUAUUUUUGUGUUAAGUAUAUUUUCUAAUAGUUCUUAGAAACUUCUUUGAGAAGUGAAUGUCAAAGGCAAUAAAUGAUGUAAGAAAACUAAAGAGUAGGUAAUACGUGUGUAUUUCUUUUACAAUUUUUUCAACCAUACAAUACAACAGUAAAAGCGUAGUCAGGAAAUCGUUUUGAAUAUCAUAUUAUCUAACGGAAAUUUGAUCGAUAUUUUGUAACACUUAUAUUUAAAUACGACACUUAUCGCCUAUCAUGGACUAAAAUAUAAAGUUUGUAAAAUAUAUAACAAAAUUGUCCAUGUCGCCUAUUACAUAGUGCUCAGCUAAUAAUGUCGUGCAUUCAAAGUUUUAGAAUAAGAUUUUGGAAUCUAAAUUUAUGUGGAUGAUGAUUACAUGGUUGUAAUAAUAAACAUUUAUCGUUUCUUCAAAACGUUUCUUUUCCGGAUUCGAACAAUAUCACUGACAUAACAAUAGGAAAUAAAUAAUUCUAUAGACUAUACAGAAUAGACAUACAAUCUUGCGGUAAAUAUAAGCGUUACUUAGACGA